UGCGCUGGGCGGAAACAGCGGGGAGAACUUGUGUGUGUGUUUCUGCCAUGAAGGAGUGGCCCAAAACUUGUGUUCCUCUGUGUUUGUGUAGAUGCUUCAUGGGGAUGAGUGUUGCUGCGUUUGGUUCGUAAGCGGAGGACGCGCAGUAAAAGAAGCACCGGACUCAGUGAGAGGAGGUGACACCAAGGAGAAGCUAUGCCCGUACCUCCUCCCCCUCCCCCUCCCCCACCCCCCACCUUCUCACAGGCCAACACAGAGAAACCUGUCUUGAACAGAUCGGAGCAGCAGGGCAGGAAUGCUUUACUGUCAGACAUCAGUAAAGGAGCCAGGCUGAAGAAGGCUGUUACAAAUGACCGCAGUGCCCCCGUACUUGACAAACCCAAAGGUGGAGGAGGGCCUGGAGGGGGAGGUGGGGGCGGAGGAGGAGGAGGAGGGUUUGGUGGGGGUGGGGGUGGGGGUGGAGGAGGCGGAGGCGGAGGAGGUCUGGGUGGGCUCUUCCAGGGUGGCAUGCCAAAGCUGCGCUCCACUCGAGAUGACUCUGCGAGUGUCAGGCCUCCGGUUCUGCCACCUGGUGCUCGUACCACAGGUCCGCGGCCCUUUGGUGGAGGAACUGGCUCCGCCCCUCGUCUGCCUGUUCAGCGCAGUGAAUCUUUUGAUCCUCCACGGGCACGAAUGACUCCACCCCGUCCUGAAACACCAGGAGGGCCGCCUCCUCCUCUUCCAAGUGCCCCUCGACCCUUCCAGAGCAGCACACAGAGCAGGGGGCCACCUGCACUACCAGGCACUCCCCGCUUCGGCUCUGCACCAACCCCUCCACCCCCAACCCUUCCUGGGCGUCAGCCUGCACCUCCACCAGUGCCAGGCGGUAUAGGUCGUCCUCCUUCAGCACCGUCUCCUUCGUCUGGUUACGCCGGACGGCCUCCACCUCCUCCUGCACCGGGUCGGGGUGAUGACCGCCCUCCACCUAUUCCCCCCGCAAACCGCUCUAUGCCACUGACCCGGGACAGCCCGCCCCCUCCACCUCCUCCAUCAGCAAGCAGCAAACCAACUCCCCCUCCAGCUCCUUCUCCUGCCUCUUUGAGGCCACCAGUAAGUGCAGCACCUCCACUCCCACCAGGUCGCCCAAGCCCAAAUACUCCUGAAGAACAUACGCCACGACUUCCUGAACGAAACCUGUCACUAGGCUCACAUCUGCCAGCUCCUCCACCGGGGCGAUCCGGACCCCUUCCUCCACCUCCAUCUGAGAGACCGCCUGCGCUGGGCAGAAAUGCAAGUGGAAGAUCAGGUCCUCUUCCGCCUCCACCUCCUUCUGGCCGGCCAGGAGGAGGGAGUAUGAGGUCAUCGCCAGCCCCUCCCCCACCAAACAGACCGGGUGCCGAGACUCACCGUGGGGGCAGUAGGCCACCACUUCCUCCAGACAGACCCUCCUCUGGACCUCUGCUGCCGACUCCUGCUCCUAUGGGCAAUGGAUACCACAGUCAGCAUCAUAUAGAUGAAUGGGAAUCACGCUUCACAUUCCGGCCUGUAUCGGAUCUUCCACCCCCAGAUCCCUACAUCCCCUGUCAAAAGACCUACCCUAGCAAAAUAGUCCGGAAUGAAAGCCGAGGUUCAGGGAAGAAAGAGCGAGGCGCACCUCCCCUGCCUCCCAUACCUAGGUGAAAAAGAAAAAGGCCUGACAAUCCUUCCUUUUCCUGAUUUUCUAAGUUUCUCUGGAACUGUUUGUUUCUGUGAUGUUUUUCUACCAGAGUAAUUCAUUAAAAUAUAAAAAAAACAUGUAGAAAAGAAUUAUAAAAACAGUUUUCUGUUAAAGACACCCUUUAUUUUAUACAA